AUACUUUCCUACAAUAAUAUAGUGGGAUAAUUUUGCAGGUUGGGGAUGGAAUUUUUGUGCUUUUCUAUAAUAAUUUAGUGGAAUAUUUUUGCAGGGGAGGGAGGUUUCUGGUACUUUCUAUAAUAAUUUAGUGGGAUAUUUUUGCAGAGUCGGGAUGGAUUUCCGGCACUUUCCUACAAUAAUUUAGUGGGAUAAUUUUGCAGGAUGGGGAUGGAUUUUUUGCGCUUUCCUAUAACAAUUUAGCGGGAUAUUUUUGCAGGGGAAAGACGGGUUUCUGGUAGUUCCCAAUGAUAAUUUAGCGGGAUUUGGGGGGUUCUUUGCCCCGUGCAGAUUACAGGGUGUACGCCGCGGGCGGGAUGGGCUCGGACCUGCGGCCCCACAACUUCCUGCAGCACUAUGACGUGCUCAAGGACAUCUGGGUGUCCCUGGCUGCCAUGCCCACGCCCCGCUACGCGGCCACGUCCGUCCUGAGGGGCACCAAGAUCUACGUGCUUGGGGGAAGGCAAUCCAAGUACGCUAUCAACGCCUUCGAGGUCUUCGACACGGACACCCGGUCGUGGACCAAAUUCCCCAGCAUUCCUAACAAAAGGGCCUUCUCCAGCUUCGUGGCCACCGAGGAAAAGCUCUUCAGCCUCGGGGGGCUGCGCCAGGGCCGGCUCUACCGGCAGCCCAAGUUCAUGAGGACGGUGGAUGUAUUCGAUCUCGAGCAAGGUGGGUGGAUGAAGAUGGAGCGCUCCUGCUACCUGAAGAAAAGGCGAGCAGACUUCGUGGCCGGCUACCUGCGAGGCAGAGUUGUCGUGGCUGGGGGCUUGGGGAAUCAGCCGACGGUGCUGGAGUCGGCAGAGGCUUUCCACCCGGAGAAGAACAAGUGGGAGAGCCUCCCCCCCAUGCCCACCCCGCGCUGCGCCUGCUCCAGCAUCGCGCUGCGGGACUGCCUGCUGGCCGUGGGCGGCGUCAGCCAGGGGCUCAGCACGGCCGUGGAGGCCCUGUGCCUGUCCGAUUCCUGAUCCCACCUGGAACAGAUCCCUGUGCCUGUCCCAUUCCAAUCUCCACAUUUCCAUGGGGACAUCUGGAGCUGGCCUGGCUCUGCGCAUUUCCAUGGGGACAUCUGGAGCUGGCCUGGCUCUCCACAUCUCCAUGGGGAC